AUGCCGCCUAUGUCGCCAACAUUAAUAAAGAAAAUUUUCUGUUUGAUUCAAAAUGCAGUACCGCUCUUAGCAAAAUUGAAUUUUCCUUGCGGGAGAAAUUUCUCUUCCUUACUUCUUGCUAAUUUUCAAGCAAAGAAAAUUAUAAUCGUGCCUGUUGUUCAAUUUUCUUUCUUUGUGGCUUUUGUUGUUAGGCCCUGCAAUGCUAAAAAGCUUCAUGAAGGAAAAGUGAUUUUUCUUGGAUCGCAUCCAUGUUUUCAUGUGCCAUGUUUUGGUAGUUAA